CGCCUUCCUCCUUGCCCGGGAGCCCGACGCCGAUGCCGGCUGCAGCUGCGCCAGGAACCGGCGCGGACAUGGCUCGGAUCAGCCCAGCCGCUUUCCCGCCCGCCCGUCGCCGGAGGGACGUAGCCGCCGUGGCCUGACGCCGUCGAGCAGCGGGGACGCUCGCAUCCUUAGCGGGCACGGAAAGUUUCUAGGAGGAAGGCAGAGCAAUGUCCCGGCUGUCUCUGACACGGUCCCCAGUUUCUCCCAUUGCUGCUCAAGGAAUUCCUCUGCCUGCCCAGCUCACCAAAUCUAACGCCCCGGUGCAUAUUGAUGUAGGAGGUCACAUGUAUACCAGCAGCCUAGCAACUUUGACCAAAUACCCCGAUUCCAGAAUAAGCCGCCUCUUUAAUGGCACAGAGCCGAUUGUCUUGGACAGUUUAAAACAACACUAUUUCAUUGAUCGAGAUGGUGAAAUAUUCAGAUACAUCUUGAGCUUCUUAAGAACUUCAAAGCUGCUGCUCCCGGAGGAUUUUAAGGACUUCAGUCUUUUGUAUGAAGAAGCCAAGUAUUACCAGCUGCAGCCGAUGAUCAAGGAACUGGAGCGAUGGAAGCAGGAGAAAGAGCAACAGAAACAUUUCCAGCCCUGUGACUGCUUGGUGGUGAGGGUGACGCCGGAUCUCGGUGAGCGGAUCGCCUUGAGUGGGGAGAAGGCGCUGAUCGAGGAGAUCUUUCCAGAGACGGGAGAUGUGAUGUGCAACUCGGUGAAUGCCGGCUGGAACCAGGACCCCACCCAUGUCAUCCGCUUCCCUUUGAACGGCUACUGCCGGCUGAAUUCGGUACAG